GUCUCUGAGCCUGCAGAGCAAACUGCAUGCGUGUCAGUGCAAGUUUCUACCCAUAUAUUAAGAUGAGCUCAGUGGGAACUGCUGGCACUGACGUAAACGACGCGGUUACGCCUUUCAGCCACUGCGCAUGUCAGUACUUCUGUCUGUGUUUACGCAGCUGAAGUUGGUUCCUUAUUCGUUGAUUCCAACCAUUCCAUCAACUAUGCUCAAUGACUGUGACACAAAAAGCGCCGGCGGCACGAUGGCAGCGGCGGCCCCCAACCCGGAGGACUCCGCCAGGAGCAGCGGCGGCAGCAGCAGCAGCAGCGGCACCAGCACACCCAGCGCCAUCGUCGGAGACGGGGACGCGGAGGAGGCCGAGGACUUCACCUCCUCCUCCCACUGCUCGGAGCUGUCUCGGCGGCAGAACGAGCAGAGGAAGCAGGGCUUGUUCUGCGACGUGACGCUGGCCUUCAGCAGCGGGGCGGCCAGCGGGAGCGUCCAGAGCUGCGAGUUUUCAGCCCACAGGUCCGUCCUGGCGGCGGCGACCGAUUAUUUCACCCCGCUGCUCGGGGGACAGUUUUCCGAGUCGUUGUCCGGACGGGUGGAGAUGAAGGAAUGGAGCUCAGAACUGGGGCCAGAUCCGGAUACGGUGGAGAGUGUCAUCCAGUAUAUGUACACUGGAGAAAUACGAGUUAGCACCUGCAAUGUACAUGAAGUGCUGGAGCUAGCUGACAGAUUCCUCCUGCUGCAGCUUAAGGAUUUCUGCGGUGAGUUCCUUAAGAAGAAGCUGAGUCUGACCAACUGUGUGGCGGUGCACAGUCUAGCACACAUGUACACCUUGGACCAGCUGGCUCUACGGGCUGCAGACAUGAUCCGCCGCAACUUCCACAAGGUUAUCCAGGACGAGGAGUUCUACACGCUGCCCUUUCACCUGGUACGUGACUGGCUGUCUGACACAGAGAUCACAGUGGAUUCUGAGGAGGUGCUGUUCGAGGCUGUGGUGAAGUGGGUGCAGAAGAACCCAGACGAGAGGAGCCGCUACUUCGAGGAGCUGUUCCGUCUCCUGAGGCUGCCGCAGAUCAAGCCCACCUACCUGACCAGGGUGGUGAAAACCGAGCAGCUGGUGUCCGCCAAUGAGGCCUGCCUCCGGCUGGUGUCGGAGGCGGUGGAGGGCCACGCUAUUCGCUUUGAGAACCUCAAGUCAACUGAUAUGGAGUUUUGGUCUUCCCACAUGGCCUCCUUUCAGCCUCGCUUUGGCCAGAACAUGGACGUUAUCAUGGUCGUAGGCGGCGUGUCAGAAGGAGGGGACUACCUGAGUGAGUGUGUGGGCUACUUCAUUUACGAGGACCGUUGGGUCAACCUGCCGCACAUCCACAACCACCUGGACGGCCACGCCAUCGCAGCCACAGAGUCCCACGUCUACGUAGCCGGUUCUAUGGAACCAGGCUUUGCUAAAACGGUUGAACGUUACAAUCCUAAUCGCAACACCUGGGAGCAGGUGAGCAACCUGACCACACGCAAGCACUCCUUUGGCCUCACCUGUAUUAAGGAUAUACUGUACAGCAUUGGUGGCCAUGGAAACUUCAGUCCAGGGUUCAAAGACGUCAGUAUAUACGAGCCUGAGCAGGACAAAUGGCACAAUUUGGAAUCUGCCCCCAAAAUCCUGCGAGAUGUGAAGGCCGUGAGUGUGGAGGACCGCUAUGUGUACGUCACCGCACGCACACCUGUUGAUACGGAUAAUGAGGAUGGACUGAAGACGGUGACCACUCGCUAUGACACAGAUAGCCGCCAGUGGCAAGAUGUUGACUCCCUGCCCCUUAUUGACAACUAUUGCAUCUUCCAGAUGGCUGUGGCCUCUACUAACUUCUACCACACGGCCUCCUGCUGCCCAAAGAGCUACACAGUACGCGAAGAGGUCGCCAAGCAGAAGAUCAGCUUGCGUAUCUCUGAUGAGAUCCUGGAGAGCCUGCCACCAGAGGUAACCAGCAUCGAGGGUGCUGCCAUUUGCCACUUUGAUGAGGACGUCUUCAUCAUUGGAGGCUGGAAGAACAGUGAUGAUGUGGACAAGCAGUAUCGCAAGGAGGCCUACCGCUACUGCGCCGAGAGGAAACGCUGGAUGCUGCUGCCGCCCAUGCCUCAGCCUCGCUGCCGAGCCACCGCCUGCCACGUCCGCAUCCCCUAUCGUUUCCUGUACGGCUGCCAGCGCUACCCCAUGCCACAGAACCUGGCCCGGCAGCGGGAUCGCAUGCAGCAGAUGCAGCAGCUUCACCGGCGCACGCUCACCUUACGUCGGCAGCUCCAGUCACAGAUAGAGUGCUGAGCAAGUCGGCGUUUGCUUAAAUUCGAAGAACUGCACUCUGUCAGAUGAAACACUGCAAGCAUCCAUUCCAUUGCGGCCAUCUUCAUCAACCCCCCACUCAUACAGAACAUGCUGCAGCGGGUCUUGUGUUGCUCUCAUACUGGUUUUCAUUAAGCUGAACUCUGUGCCAUCGGCCCUCAUGCUGUGUUGUGUUAAUGGCUGAACGCCAUUAAAUGUUUGGACAGGUGUGCACUGACCCGCAGGAAGUCGGUGAAGAUGGAAAAGGGGAAUGUAAAUAUGUGAAUAAGAGUGUUAUAUAGCAGCCAACAACUGAAUAUCCUUUUGUCAAGUGUGUUGGUAUAGAUGCUGUUUAUCUGUUUGUACAUAAAUAGGAUAAAAGUGUAUAUGUUAACAUUUACAUGGAUAUUUUACAUUCCUUUAAUGUGUGCCUCUAGUGGGGACGCUAUGUGACAUUACCAAUAACUGCAUUCCUACAUUCAAUCCAACUCGCUUAAUGAAGUCUCAUUCCUUUUUAACACUGUGACAAUCUCUUGUAAGCACACCAUCGGUCCAAAUGUCUUUACUCUAACUUAUUUCAUAAUUGCUCUAUUAGAAUGGGUCUGCUUGUUCGUGUGCCGCCUCAACAACUAAAUAUGAAUUAUUUCUGAAAGGCUGUCAAUCUUAAAAUCCCAUAGACUAGUUUACUUUUAAAUUGCAGUUUCCCUUCAACAGUAUAUUUAAUUACAAUAUAUUUUUCGUUGCUUAUCUAACACUUGAAAACCAGACCUUUUUCUCCAGGUUUCUGGGGGGAUGAAAUUAUGAGGGAACUGUGAUGUUGAAAAGAUGUGAUAAGAUCUAAAAAAAAAAAGAUUCCUUUAAGUUAUCUUAACAUUGAAAUAUUCUAUAUGGCCACCGCUUUAAGAGCCAAUCACUGGCAAAUGCUCAAUCAUUCCUUUUCUUUUGCACUUUGGCAGUGUAUUGCUCAGUGUAUAUUCCCAUUCAUUUAAGAAAAAUACAUUGAAAAUGUAUAUGUGUGGGCGCAAAAGUGUGUAUGAAUUGUGUUUGCAGAGUUUCUCUACAACGGCACUUUUUGACAUUUAAUUGUUUGUAAAGUCUUAAAGAAGCAUAAGGAUUUAAGUUGCCAUUGCACUCUGACUUAUUUCAUUUGUUUCAUAUCAGACAAGGUGAUUGUAUUUUGGAAAGGCUUGGAUUUAGCCAAGUGAGUAAGUUUUGAUCUUCUUUGAAAAACAUGUUAUCAUUAUUCGCGGUUUCCAACAUGCAAUGUCUUGUUAAACCUUGUGUUAUUGUACUUAACUUCCAGCUGGGUGUAUAUUAGAGAUCUGCUAUGUUGUUCUGUGUUCUCCUCUGACCCUCCUAAUAGACUUAGAAAUUAGAUGAAAAGGAAUCUGACUUAUAGGCAAAACAAACAGGAUUGUUAUAUGAAUGUGUUGUGACUGACAUUCAGAAAUUCCCGCUGUCUAUGCAGCAUAAAGGUUAUGGAGCGCAGAAAUGAUAUUCAUUUCCACUUUUGACCAACAUAAAUAGCAUUGCAAAUAUUAAGUGGAAUAAGCUAUGUAAUUUGCUUUGCAUGUGAUAGUCUGACAUUGUG